GGAUCCGGGGCCGGGCUCUGGCCGACUACUACGCCAUCUUGGGCUGUGCGAGCUGCCUAGAGGUUCCGGGCGGUUUGGCUGGAUAAAGGGACGGGGCGAGGGUCAGGUUGGAGCCCGGAGGCGGCGGGAGCAGCGGCGGCGGGGGCAGGAUGAGCGCGGAGGCGGCGGACCGGGAGGCGGCCACCUCCAGCCGGCCCUGCACCCCGCCGCAGACUUGCUGGUUCGAGUUCCUGCUGGAGGAGUCGCUGUUGGAGAAGCAUCUGCGCAAAGCCUGUCCGGAUCCUGCACCAGUUCAGCUUAUAGUUCAGUUUUUGGAGCAGGCUUCCAAACCUUCAGUUAAUGAGCAAAACCAAGUCCAGCCUCCACCUGAUAACAAGAGAAAUCGCAUCCUAAAGCUUCUUGCUCUUAAAGUUGCUGCACAUUUGAAGUGGGAUUUAGACAUAUUGGAGAAAAGCCUGUCUGUUCCGGUGCUGAACAUGCUGCUGAAUGAGCUCCUGUGCAUCAGUAAGGUCCCUCCGGGGACCAAGCACGUGGACAUGGAUCUGUCAGCCCUGCCCCCAACCACGGCCAUGGCCAUCCUGCUCUACAACCGAUGGGCAAUUAGGACAAUUGUUCAAAGUAGUUUUCCUGUCAAACAGGCUAAACCUGGACCCCCUCAACUAAAUGUCAUGAAUCAGAUGCAACAGGAAAAAGAACUGACAGAAAACAUUUUGAAAGUGCUGAAAGAACAAGCUGCUGAUUCUAUUUUGGUCCUGGAAGCAGCUCUGAAAUUAAACAAGGAUCUGUAUGUUCACACGAUGAGAACUCUAGACUUAUUGGCCGUGGAACCAGGCACGGUGAAUGGGGAAACUGAGAAUUCUACGGCUGGGUUGAAAAUCAGAACUGAGGAGAUGCAGUGCCAGGUGUGUUAUGACUUGGGUGCAGCAUACUUCCAGCAAGGCUCCACAGAUUCAGCCGUCUAUGAAAAGGCACGAGAGAAGUUUUUUAGAACUAAAGAACUAAUUGCAGAGAUAGGUUCAUUAUCUCUUCAUUGUACCAUAGAUGAGAAGCGCUUAGCUGGCUAUUGUCAAGCGUGUGAUGUUCUUGUACCUUCUUCUGAUAAUAACUCUCAACAAUUGACUCCAUACAGUGAAGUCCAUAUUUGUUUACGAUCUGGCAGCUAUCAGGAAGUAGUGCAGAUUUUCAUUGAAGAUAACUUAACUUUCACUUUACCAGUCCAGUUCCGACAGUCGGUAUUAAGGGAACUUUUUCAGAAAGCUCAACAGGGAAAUGAAGCUCUAGAUGAAAUCUGUUUUAAAAUUUGUGUUUGCAACACAGUACGGGAUAUACUGGAAGGCAGAACAAUUAGUGUCCAGUUCAAUCAACUAUUUCUUAGACCAAACAAAGAAAAAAUAGAUUUUCUCCUUGAGGUAUGUUCAAGAUCAAUAAACGUAGAAAAAGCUUCAGAUUCUCUGAGAGGAAACAUGGCUGCUUUUCUAAAGAAUGUGUGUCUGGGGUUAGAAGAUCUGCAGUAUGUCUUCAUGAUUUCUUCACAUGAACUUUUCAUUACAUUGUUGAAAGAUGAAGAACGAAAGCUGCUUGUUGAGCAAAUGAGAAAGAGAUCCCCGAGAGUAAAUCUGUGCAUUAAACCUGUGACUUCAUUUUAUGAUAUCCCAGCCUCAGCAAGUGUCAACAUUGGCCAGUUGGAACAUCAGCUUAUAUUAUCAGUGGAUCCCUGGCGGAUUAGACAGAUUUUAAUUGAAUUGCAUGGUAUGACUUCAGAGCGACAAUUUUGGACUGUGUCAAAUAAGUGGGAAGUACCUUCUGUAUAUAGUAGUGUUAUCCUAGGAAUUAAGGACAAUUUAACAAGAGAUUUGGUUUAUAUUCUCAUGGCCAAAGGUUUACACUGCAGUACUGUUAAGGACUUUCCUCACUCCAAACAGCUAUUUACAGCUUGUUUGGAGCUGGUAACAGAGUUCUCACCAAAACUCCGACAGGUUAUGCUGAAUGAGAUGCUACUUUUAGAUAUUCGCACUCACGAAGCUGGCGUGGGGCAGUCAGGAGAGAGACCUCCUUCUGACCUUAUCAGUAGGGUACGAGGAUAUUUGGAAAUGAGGCUUCCCGAUAUUCCUCUUCGUCAAGUUGUAGCUGAAGAGUGUGUUGCUUUUAUGUUAAACUGGAGAGAAAAUGAAUAUCUUACUCUGCAAGUUCCUGCAUUUUUAUUUCAGAAUAAUCCAUAUGUAAAGCUUGGACAGCUUUUAGCAGCCACCUGCAAAGAACUUCCAGGCCCUAAAGAGAGUAGACGGACUGCUAAAGACCUCUGGGAAGUUGUUGUUCAGAUCUGCAGUGUGUCUAACCAGCACAAACGAGGAAAUGAUGGCCGAGUUAGUUUGAUAAAGCAGAGGGAAUCCACAUUAGGCAUAAUGUAUCGGAGUGAACUACUUUCUUUUAUCAAAAAAUUACGGGAACCACUGGUUUUGACUAUUAUUUUAUCACUCUUUGUGAAGCUUCACAAUGUUCGGGAGGACAUUGUGAAUGAUAUCACAGCCGAGCACAUUUCUAUCUGGCCUUCUUCCAUACCUAACCUCCAGUCUGUGGAUUUUGAAGCUGUAGCAAUCACCGUGAAAGAGCUAGUUCGAUAUACACUCAGUAUAAAUCCAAACAACCAUGCUUGGCUAAUUAUUCAAGCGGAUAUUUAUUUUGCAACAAAUCAGCAUUCGGCAGCUCUUCACUACUACCUCCAGGCAGGAGCUGUGUGCUCUGACUUCUUUAAUAAGGCUGUGCCCCCUGAUGUAUAUACAGACCAAGUGAUAAAACGAAUGAUAAAAUGCUGUUCUUUGCUGAAUUGUCAUACACAGGUGGCAAUUUUAUGUCAGUUCCUCAGAGAAAUUGACUACAAAACAGCUUUCAAGUCAUUGCAGGAACAAAACAGCCAUGACGCUAUGGACUCCUACUAUGACUACAUUUGGGACGUGACAAUCUUGGAGUACUUGACUUAUCUUCAUCAUAAAAGAGGAGAAACAGAUAAAAGACAGAUUGCAAUCAAAGCCAUUGGCCAAACAGAAUUGAAUGCAAGCAACCCUGAAGAAGUAUUACAGCUGGCAGCACAGAGAAGGAAAAAGAAGUUUCUACAAGCAAUGGCAAAACUUUACUUUUAAGCAGUUAGUUAAUUUUUUUUUCAAUUUUAUUUUUUAAACAGUGGGCUAAAAGUAAACAGUAUUAAAAGAUUAAGUUUAUAUAAUACAUAUGUACAAUUUAGUGGUGUUUUCUUUUUAGACCAAAACAAACUGAAACAAAUUAGUUUAUAAACAAAUUAUACAAAAACUUCAUAUCUUAACAAUAGUUUAUAAUUUCUUCAAAGAGAGACAAGGUUCAUGUCUGGUAAUCUGGCAGUCUGGUACCAUUUUUUUCUAAUGUAAUUAACUUUUUUAGGCCCAAAUUUCCUUUUCAAAGGCUAACUUAAAAUAUUUAAUGUAUAAGUAGCUAUUCUAUAUACAGCAAGUUUAAAUAAAUAAAUUUCUAGAAGUAUACAUUUAAUAUUUCCUGCCAUAAGAAAAUAGUUUAGGUCAUAUGUUAAAGUUUUAUCAUGUUGACACAGUCCUCAUCUCAUAAUAUGGGGCUUAAAAAUGGACCACCAGUUUUGCAAACAUAAAGCGCCUUAGAGAUAUCUUAGUGCAAUAAAGUGACUUUCUUAUAUAGUUUGAAAACCCAAAUUGUGAUACACAAAGAUUGUAAAGCAACCUUUCCAUCAAGUAAGACCCCGAGGAGAAGAAGCCAAAGCAUUUGUCUCUUGUCUAUAAUUUCUUUGGUUCUCCCAUUUAGAGCACAGUUUAAACAUUUGGUUCAAUGCCUUACUGAUUAAGAAAUAUGGCAAGGCAGACAAACUAGUUAAAAACAGAUUGAACUUUACCAUUCAUAAAAUUCAAGUUUUAUCAUUGUUUGUUACAAACAGCUUUAGAUAAAUUAGUCACUUUAUUACAAAACAACCUUUGUAAAUAAGCUUAAUUUUAUUUUCAAAAACAAAUUGCACCAUUCAAGAGUAUAGGAAUUUAAGAAUAUAAAAUCUAGAUUCAAAGUUCUGUGUCAGCUAAUGUAUCCUUUAAGGUACCACUAGUUUAGUCCAUAUUCCAAUGAUAAAAUUCCUAGUUCAUCAAAAGAAAUACAGUAACACUGGAUUUUAAAGAAACACAGUAACAAACAGAAACAACUGCUAUAGCUUAAAUUGUUGGCUUCCAUCCACUAUCUUGGGAGUGAAGUCACCUUUGUAAACAAGUUCUCUUUUAUAGGAAAUACUUCUUUAGUGCCAAUUUUUUGAAGUUUUUUUGUUUUGUUUCCUUUUGUAGUGCUGGGGAUUGAACCCAGGAUUUUGUGCAUCCUAGGCAUUUAGUGCCAAAUUGACAUAGUUUUUAAGUAAAAGAACGGCAGUGUAACUCCUUAGACAAGGAUAGUCACAGCACUACUUUCCUGUAAAACUCAUUUAUAUGAAACUAUCCAUUAUUUGUUCAAUUCCAGCUUGUUAACUUCAG